AUGAUUGUUCCUAUCGUUCCAUAUACUCUCGAAGAACGAGUGGGUGUUGAUGAUGCGGACGUAUUGAAAUGGACAUCAAUUUUCCUCGCCGUUUUCGGUUUCACUAAUGUGAUAUCGUCCCCUCUGAUCGGGCUUUUAGCGGACAAGUUCCCAUCACGUCGCAUUUUGUUCACAUUCGGUCUCCUUGUUAUGGCUAUUUCUACCGCUCUAUAUUGGAUUGGAACAACUAUCUUUAUGCUAGUAGCUGCAAGAGCCCUGCAAGGCUUGUCUGCGACUGCUGUUUGGGUCGUCGGCAUGGCUAUUAUAAAUGACGUCUCCGGCCCUGAUGAUUUGGGCAUUUCAAUGUCGUAUGUAUGGAGUGCAAAUACGCUUGGACUGCUCUGUGGACCAAUUAUCGGUGGUACCCUUUUCCAAUUCGCCGGAUAUCAUUCCGUAUUUGCUGUGGCUAUAGGACUCCUUGGUGUCGAUACAGUUUUGAGACUGCUCAUGGCCGAAAUUUCCAACGAGGAUGUAUCCCCAUCCUCUAACAUUGUCCGUGCUGUAGAUACAGAGGGAGAACUUCGUGAAGAAAACCCACUUCUACAGGCGCCAGUUGCAGCGAAACAUUCCUACAAUGACUGGAACAUGAACCCCGUUCCUGAGAAUGAACCUACAGCAGAUCCUUCCCUCCGCGUCCGGUCUGCUUUUAGCAUACUUCUAUGCUACCCACGCACUGCGACUAUCGUUGUUGCCUCUAUCAUGAACGCAGGGAUCUUAUCUUCCUUUGAAACUGUUCUUCCACUAUACCUUGUCCAGCUGUUUCAUAUUGACUCGGCCCGCGUGGGACUUUUCUUCCUUUCACUAUCAGGCUCAACGCUCCUAUCACCAACAUUCGGGAAAAUCGCAGAUAAAUAUGGUACUAAAUGGAUUACGGUCAUCAGCACGAUCUGCGUUGGGGGGGCCAUCCUUAUGAUGAGUCUUGUGAAUCGCAACACUACUUUCCAUCAGAGCCUGCUAUAUGUAUUGCUCUUCUUUUGCGGAAUCGGACGCACGGGCCAAAGAGUCGGCAUGUCGACAGACACAGGGCUUGCACUACGUGCGCUGGUGGAAGAACCCGGAGUGGUCGACCAGCAACUAACCGUGGCUGGGAUUACGGGACAGGCUUACGGGCUGCUAAGUACCGCCUGUGGAAUCGGAGUGACCCUAGGGCCGCUAUUAAGAUCACUAACACUGUCUUUAGCGGUACCGUCGGCGAUGUACACAGGUGGUGACCUGAGGCGCAAGAAGGAAAAACAAGCAUUAGUCGGCGUUUAA